GUACAUGAUCACAUCACUGGACCGCACACACGCCGGCUUCUACCGCUGCAUCGUCCGCAACCGGAUGGGAGCCCUGCUGCAGCGCCCGACCGAGGGGCAGGUGGCCUACAUGGGGAGCUUCGAGGACAGUGAGACGCAGCAGAGCGUGUCCCACGGGGAGGCGGCCGUCAUCCGUGCGCCCCGCAUCGCCAGCUUCCCCCAGCCCCAGGUCACCUGGUUUCACUUGGGUGGCCCGGCUGAUCCCAUCGCACCCACCAUCAUUGUCCCACCCAGGAACACCAGCGUGGUGGCCGGGACCUCGGAGGUGACCAUGGAGUGCGUGGCCAAUGCCAGGACACGCAUCACCGACCCCCCGCAGGACCAGAGCGUCAUCAAGGGGACCAAGGCUGUCAUGAGCUGCGGGGUCACCCACGACCCCAGCGUGGAUGUCAGGUAUGAAAACCUGCACCCUUCCCAGCAGCGCCUUCCAGAGUCCUCCACUAGCCCCGUAGCCACCCUCAGCCCCCUGGAGAAACGGGCCAUCAACCUCACCUGGGCCAAGCCCUUCGACGGCAACAGCCCCCUGCUCCGCUACGUCGUGGAGGUCUCGGAGAACAACGCGCCCUGGACUGUGCUGCUGGCCAGCGUGGACCCCGAGUCGACGUCGGUGGGGGUCCCCACCGUGCCCCCGGGGAACGUGCAGACCGAGGCCACCAACUCCACCACCAUUCGCUUCACCUGGAACCCCCCCAGCCCCCAGUUCAUCAACGGCAUCAACCAGGGGUACAAGCUGAUUGCCUGGGAGCCGGAGCACGAGGAGGAGGCGACGGUGGUGACGGUGCGGCCCAACUUCCAGGACAGCGUCCACGUGGGCUACGUGGCGGGGCUGCGGAAAUUUGCCGAGUACUUCACCUCGGUGCUGUGCUUCACCACGCCGGGGGACGGCCCGCGCAGCCCCCCCCAGCUGGUGCGCACCCACGAGGACGUGCCUGGCCCUGUGGGACAUCUCAGCUUCAGUGACAUCCUGGACACAUCCCUGAAGGUCAGCUGGCAGGAACCGCUGGAGAAGAACGGCAUCCUGAUGGAGUCCCGGGUGCAGGUCCAAGCCUUCAACGCCAUCGGCUCGGGGCCCUGGAGCCACUCGGUGGUGGGACGGACCCGGGAGUCAGUGCCCUCCUCUGGCCCCAGCAACGUGUCGGCGCUGGCCACCUCCUCCAGCAGCAUGCUGGUCCGAUGGAGUGACAUCCCCGAGGCAGACUGCAACGGCUUCAUCCUGGGCUACAAGGUGAUGUACAAGGAGAAGGGCUCUGCCACGCGUGCCCAGUUCUGGCUGGCAGAAGGCAAUGCCUCCCGUAGCGCCCAGCUGAGCGGGCUGGGCAAGUACACGCUCUACGAGAUCCGCGUGCUGGCCUUCACCAGGAUCGGCGACGGCGUGCCCAGCCAGCCCCCCAUCCUUGAGCGGACGCUGGACGAUGUGCCUGGACCCCCCGUGGGGAUCCUCUUCCCCGAAGUGAGGACCACCUCCGUGCGGCUCCCCUGGGCGCCCCCCCCGACACGGGAGCUGCCCGACGGCGAGUGGGCCCUGCACUCCGCCGCCGCCGGCCGCAACGCCACCGCCUUCGUCGUGGACAGGCUGAAGCCCUUCACCUCCUACAAGUUCCGUGUGAAGGCGACAAAUGACAUUGGGGACAGUGAAUACAGUGAGGAGUCGGAGUCGCUCACCACCUUGCAGGCGGCCCCCGAGGAAGCCCCCACCAUCCUCUCCGUCACUCCUCACACCACCACGUCAGUGCUCAUCCGCUGGCAGCCCCCGGCCGAGGACAAGAUCAACGGGAUCCUGCUGGGUUUCCGCCUCCGUUACCGCGAGCUGGUGCAUGACAGCCUGCGCGGCUUCACCCUGCGCGGCAUCAGCAACCCCGGUGCCACGUGGGCCGAGCUCACCCGUGAGGCCCCGCUCACCCCUUGUCCCCCCGCAGACCUGAGCAAGCACCGGCGCUAUGAGAUCCGCAUGAGCGUGUACAACGCCGUGGGCGAGGGCCCCCCCAGUCCCCCCCAGGAGGUCUUUGUGGGCGAAGCGGUGCCCACGGGCGCACCACAGAACGUGGCGGUGCAGGCGGCCACAGCCACCCAGCUGGAUGUCCCCUGGGAACCCCCACCCCCUGAGAGCCAGAACGGGGACAUCCAGGGCUACAAGAUCCACUUCUGGGAGGUGCAGCGCCAGAACGAGAGCGCGCGGGUGAAGACCCUCUUCCUGCCCGAGAAGGGGGUGAAGCUGAAGAACCUGACGGGGUACACCUCGUACUGGGUCAGCGUCGCCGCCUUCAACGCCGCGGGAGACGGACCCCGCAGCACCCCCGUCAAGGGGCGGACGCAGCAGGCAGCCCCCAGCGCCCCCGGCUCCAUCCGGUUCAGCGAGCUGACCACCACGUCGGUGAACGUGUCCUGGGAGCCACCACCCCUGCCCAACGGCAUCCUUGAUGGCACCAGGCGGGUCUACGAGCCCUGCAUGCCUGUGGACGGCGUCAGUAAGAUCGUGACAGUGGAUGUGAAGGGGAACAGCCCACUGUGGAUGAAGGUGAAGGACCUGGCCGAGGGCGUGACGUACCGGUUCCGGAUUCGGGCCAAAACCUUCACCUACGGGCCAGACGUUGAGGCGAACAUCACCACGGGGCCUGGGGAAGGUGCCCCUGGCCCCCCUGGUGAGCCCUUCAUCUCCCGCUAUGGCUCGGCUAUCACCAUCCACUGGUCAAGUGGGGACCCUGGCCAAGGGCCCAUCACCAGAUACGUCAUCGAAGCCCGUCCUUCAGAUGAGGGGCUUUGGGACAUCCUCAUCAAAGACAUCCCCAAGGAGGUCACCUCCUACACCUUCAGCAUGGACAUCCUCAAGCAGGGCGUCAGCUACGACUUCCGCGUCAUCGCCGUGAACGACUACGGCUACGGGACCCCCAGCACGCCUUCCCCCUCCGUGUCAGCCCAGAAAACCAACCCGUUCUAUGAGGAGUGGUGGUUCCUGGUGGUCAUCGCCCUGGUAGGGCUCAUCUUCAUCCUCCUCCUUGUCUUCGUGCUCAUCAUCCGCGGGCAGAGCAAGAAGUAUGCCAAGAAGUCGGAUUCAGGGAACGGCUCCAAGGCGACCGCCCUGAGCCACGGCGAGAUGGUGAGCCUGGAUGAGGGCAGCUUCCCCGCGCUGGAGCUCAACAACCGGCGCCUCUCCGUCAAGAAUUCCUUCUGCAGGAAGAACGGCAUCUACACCCGGUCUCCACCACGGCCCAGCCCCGGCAGUCUCCACUACUCGGACGAGGACGUGACCAAGUACAACGACCUGAUCCCUGCUGAGAGCAGCAGCCUGACCGAGAAGCCCUCCGAGGUUUCCGACUCUCAGGGCAGCGACAGCGAGUACGAGGUGGACCCCGGCCACCAGAAAGCCCACUCCUUCGUCAACCACUACAUCAGCGACCCCACCUACUACAACUCGUGGCGGCGGCGGAGGAAUGCAUCCGGACCGGCUGAGCUCAUGGGGGAAGAUGCCGUGCUCCGGGCCAAGCACAGCCACCUCUCUCCCAACACGGCUUUCACCACGCUGCUGCCACCACCAGCGCUUUCCAAAAGUCCUUCCCACCACCCCAGCCCCUCCAGGCAGGUCUGCGCUGCCCAUGCCCAGCCCCGCUGCCAGCUCCCCGGGCUGCUGCGUGCAGCAGACGGGCAGGGCGAGCUGUCGGCAGCAAUCGGUCUCCGGGGACCGAAUUGGCCUUGA